AGUCCUGCCGGAAGUGCUCGCUCGCUGCAGUCUGGCUUGCUCUGGCCCCUCGCUGUCACGCGGACAGGUCUCGGUCGGAGGCUUGUCACCUGGCGGUGCGAGUUUACUUAGUUGGGGGUGUCUCCAGGUGUUAGACAGAUUCAUCGCUUUUUUUUUCUAACUUCCUGCCUCUUUCUAAUCCGCGCGCGAUCAUGUUGUGAGGAGAGGAUGUCAGCUCCGUGAGACGGCGCCGCGCACAGGGAUGGAUGCGUGGAUGUGUCCGCUCCAAGGCGCACGGGAGUAACCCAGUGAAGUGACUGAACGCAGGAUUCCUCUUCACUUUUCCUUGGAGUUCGUUCUCUGAUUGUGUUGUUGCUGCUCGCUGAAGUUUGUUGGGUUGUGAAGGCGCAGCAUCCAGUCCUCAGGCUUCCAUCACUUACUAUAUGUCCAGUGUGGAAAAUACCCGGUGGAAGGAGUACCGCGGGGUCCAGCCUGAGGACGGGACUUCAGCGUCCGACAAACAUCUACUUUUGAUUUGUUUCUAACCUGUGCGUGAUGUGCGUGGAAUGAAGAGAGGAUGGAUGUAUUUUGGGAGAUACUGCUCAUUCUUCAAGCCAAUUUCAUCGUCUGUAUAUCGGCUCAACCAAAUCCGCCGAAAAUUCAUGAGGGAUGGUGGGCGUACAAGGAGGUGGUGCAGGGGAGCUUUGUUCCAGUGCCGUCGUUCUGGGGGCUGGUCAACUCGGCCUGGAACCUCUGCUCAGUCGGGAAGAGGCAGUCACCAGUUGACAUCGAGACCAGCCAUAUGAUCUUUGACCCUUUCCUCACGCCCAUAAAGCUGAACACAGGAGGACGCAAGGUGGGAGGGACGAUGUACAACACCGGCCGUCACGUCUCCCUGCGACUGGACAAGGAGCAUCUGGUUAACAUAUCUGGAGGCCCGAUGACAUACAGCCACCGCCUGGAGGAGAUCCGGCUACACUUUGGCAGCGAGGACAGCCAGGGAUCUGAACACCUGCUGAAUGGGCAAGCCUUCUCCGGAGAGGUUCAGCUGAUUCACUACAACCACGAGCUCUACGCAAAUUACACAGAAGCUGCUAAAAGCCCCAAUGGACUGGUCAUAGUGUCAAUAUUUAUGAAGAUUGCGGAGACGUCAAACUCGUUCUUGAAUCGGAUGCUGAACAGAGACACCAUCACAAGAAUAACAUAUAAAAAUGAUGCGUAUCUUCUCACCGGAUUGAACAUAGAGGAAAUUUACCCAGAAACAAGUAGUUUUAUCACAUAUGACGGAUCAAUGACGAUCCCCCCCUGCUUUGAAACAGCCACAUGGAUUCUGAUGAACAAGCCUGUGUACCUCACACGGAUGCAGAUGCACUCUUUGCGUCUACUGAGCCAGAACCAGCCAUCCCAGAUUUUUCUGAGCAUGAGCGACAACGUGCGCCCCGUGCAGCCGCUAAACAACCGCUGCAUCCGCACCAACAUCAACUUCAGCAUGCAGGGCAAGGACUGCCCCAACAACAGGGCUCAGAAGCUUCAGUACCGAGUAAAUGAGUGGCUGCUAAAAUAGGCUUCUACGGAUGAGCAAGAAGAGGACACACGUUGGACAAAUGACAGAAAAAUGUGAAAGCGUUCCCGAGGCUGCAUCUCAUCCAAGAUUCUUUCAUGGCAUUGUACAAAGAAGAUCAACAAUGGACACUGUUUGAAUGAAACAAGCAGAGAUACUCUUCAAACAUGGAGACUGAACCUGGAUCUACCACAUGUUAACAGGCCCCUUCCCUGACUGUAUGACUGCAUCCAUACAUUUUGAUACCAAUACUUUUUUGGGUGAAAACAAAUAAAUAAUAAAAAAAGAACAAAUAUAAACAAACUAAAAAAAAUGGCAACGUGUCAUUUAUGUGAUAGUUUUCCACCCAAAAGGACACCUUUGGAGCUUUAAAGUCUCUGUAUAUAAAAGAUGUUAACGUCACUGGGAAAACCCAAGGAGGAAGUCACUGCCCCCAUCCCUGACAGUCGAGCACAAACAGUCAGCAGCGCGUUCUCGUUUCAUUACAGUCACAAACAGGGCACGCAAACCGUAAACCCCCAAACUGAACUCAGCCUUACCGUGUCAUUCUCCAAAACUGGAGUCAUGUCACACCUAAUGAACAAGCGGUGUAUUGGCCUCCUUUGUACAUAUUAUUAUCAAUACUGCAGAAAAAUGAAUAUGUAAAAAAGAAGUAAUAAAUUAAUAUUAAAAAAGACAUAUAAAGAGGAUUUAAAAAAAUAGAAUUUGAAGCAGCUUGAUGCACUUUGAAUUCUGAAGCAGUUCUCAGUCUGAGCUGAUGCCUUUUUUCUGUUUUCUUGUUUACAAUGGUCAUACACUGUGUUUGAGUAAUGUUAUCAGCCCAAUAAAUGUGUCUGGAAAGUCGUUUUGGAAAAUGCUUCAAUAUAUGAGGAUCUGACUUGUUGUAUCUCUACCUGUUUUGUAUUAUUCCAUAUUAAAUGUGUUGAUAUGCCA